AUGGAGGAAGAUGACGAUGAUGAAUGGGUCAAUAGCGAUGGGGCAAAUACGCAUGAUGAGGCCAUGGUCAACAACACUCCACCGUUGACUUCUAACAACCCUACGGCAACACACGACUCAGCAGGUACGGGGAUCCUUAUGGAGCCCUCAGAAACAACCCCUCCUCGCGUUCAACGUCCACCAACAAUUGCAGAACGGAUUUCUAACCUCAUUCAGGUGAACAUGGAAGGGGUACCAGGCAAGUGUCACAUCUUUGAGACUACUUUCUCUGUGGACUAUCAAGGAUCGGAUUCAGGAACUGUGGCGGAUGCGCUCUUGUCGACAGUUCUGAAUUCCAUAAAGGAAGCCAUUAACAAUUCCCCUCAUGAAUUGAAGAUCCUUCCGAUCUCUGAUACCACAUAUAAACAACAGAAUCUUUGGAUUCGAAACUCAGUAGAUCUACGUAAUCGCAUUCCGACUUAUCGUGCCUUGUCAACUUACUGUGAUAUGGAAUAUGGUAACUGUCCUUACGCGGCAACCAACAGCAAGCCGGGCGAGAAGAAAGUACACACACGCCUACGCAGGCGCCGGGUGAUACCCUUCUCCGUUGCAGUAUGGAGAAAUUGUGAAGAUCGGAUCAGUGAUUGGAAGUCGGCGCAACAAGGAUUGCUGAGUGUCAAGGCCUACGGUCCGGUGAAGGAUGCGAUCCUGACCUUGAUCAGUAAGUUACGGGAUUACUACAUUUUGACGGAGGUUCUUUAUCCGGACAUCGACUUCACGGGGAUGUUCAAGUUUGCCAUUACACGGUUGUACGGUUCCUGCACCCUGUUCAAACUGCUCUUGUCUAUCAAGGCCACUCCGGCCCAGGCUGAUCAAGCUUCCACAGCUGCCAAAGACAAAUCCUCUACAGCAACUGCAACUGACGACGAUUCAUCAGACGAGGAGGACCAUGAAACUCAGGAGGGAGAGGGUUCUCUAUCCGGAGCAUUCACAAAGGUGACAAAGAAGAAGGUGAAGAAGAAGAAGAAGAAGAAGAAGUCGCCCCUUUCCGAUACCCUCGAGAAUCAUUUUCUCAAAGAUCUGUCCCCAGUACAACGCAAACUGGCUGAAGCCACGAACCGCAAACUGCAGAACGAUAUUGACCGUCAUAAAGCAGGUCCACUCUUCUUGAUGAUCCUUCCUGGAGAAAUGGAAGGCUCUUAUAUCUUUGUAUGUCGCAAGAAAUACAAUCAGUUGGCUCGAAACGUGUUGAAAGGAGUUCCGUUCUUGAUUAAUCACCUGUGCGAACUUACCGGCACUCAAGCUGAGCAAGUCUUGGGUAAAUGGAUUCCCAAAUCAGAAAUCCAGGCGACGCGUCGUCAACUCUUGAUUGACAUGGAUAUGGCAAAUGCCAAGGAUAUCGACAAUGGACAAACGGUCACUGGGAUGCUUGAUGAAAUGCAGGAACGUGAACAACAACUGGAGGAUGCCUUUGUGGAAAUUGAAGCUCAUGACAACGCCCUGGCGGCUAAAGAUCAAGCCCUGGCCCAGCAGAAGGCCGCGACUGCGGCUCUCCAAGCCCAACUUGAAGCCCUUCAACGUCAAACAGCUCACCACUUGGCAAUCGCCUCGCAACCACCUACUCAAAACAAUGAGGUCUCUCCAGAUCGGUCCGAAUUUACUACGCCACCAAAAAAGAGGAAAAGCAAGGAUUCUGCCACGGUUAAGAGAAGCGUUGACAGGUCUACGGCUGGUCUUAAGCAGCCCACUAAGUCAACUCGCACCAGCACGUCCGUUCACUUUCAGCAACAAAAGCAGCGUUCUUGGAAAAAGUCUCAGGUUCAUGUGGACACAACUCAGAUGGAGGGCGAUACUACUACAGCCGUGUCCCAGGACGAGAGCCUCUCAUCUCUGACAGCGGCAUCUCCGGGAGGAGUACACCCGUUCUUCCUUCCUUCUCCAUCUCGCAAGUCCGGUACCAGCGGAUCUGCUAAGUUGCCUUCAUCGGUCGGCCGCGGAGCACCUCGCUCCGCGGCAGGGCCGUGA